AUGGCUUACUCCCAGUUCACACAACGACCGACAACCCUACGAGCCUAUUCGGGCUCCAUGUACCAGUACACAAUGAGCCAAUUAACGGUUCUAUCCGGUGCUUUCACUACGGUACUGAUGCCAAACGGGAUUUCGGCCCCAGACUCCGUUUCUUCCGCCCAGAGCCCCUAA